UGCGCGUGCUCUCCAAACGUGGCACGCCGCACGCGGGACAAGCGGAGAAGCACGGAAAUAACGGUUGGAAAAAAACGAGUCUCGAGCUUCAGUCGUACCGCGGCAGUUGUGGCUGUAUGUGGCUGUUAUGUAUCAUUGUUGUUGACGUUAGCGUUCAAUGAGCGUCUCUCUUGUAAUGCAGCACAUUAAUGUUCCUCUGGCUGUGCUGUAUCUCGUCAUUGAUAUCUUUAGACCCCUACAGCCCGUGGGUUGAGUGUUGGACUCCUUUCACUGGUGAAUGCAGUAGGAAUGACCACAUCACAGAAAUACCAGAACCCCAAGGUCUCCGCGGGGCACUCUGACACUGAGUGGCUGACACCUGCUGUGUCUGAAAAUUUCCAGAGCCGUUUUGGAUGGCGGUCCAGUGCAGCAGACAGUGGCGACACAGGGCUGGGGGCCUCUUACAACACAGAAGAUUUCUGCAACACUGGCAGCAGCCCAUCCUUCCAGCCCAUCCGCAGUCAGAUCCCAAUCCCCACCGCCCAUGUCAUGCCCUCCACGGCUGGAGCUCUGGCUUCCAAGCCCACGCAAUGUGCUGCUGAUGAGACCCGGGUGUCCUCUAGCUCAUCCAGCUCCAAGUCAUCCCUCCCCAAAUCUGCUUCCUCGCCCAACCUGGAAGCUCAGCACGAAGGAAAUUUAGAUGCGACUGCAGUCAAACCUGAUUGUCUGAGCAGAUAUCGCAGUCUAGUAAAUGGCCUCGACCACUCGCUCUUCCCCUCUGGAGAUCAGAUAAGACUCGAUGAAUGGCAGAAAUUUGAUGUACCUGCCAUGGAGCCCACACUUAAUCAGUCAGCUCUGCUCGGGGGCCUUUCCCCGGAUGUGCGGCAACAGCUGCAAAUGACUUGGCUUGUGGAAAAUACAGGCUUGUUGGAACAGACCUAUAAAGUUCUACCAGAGGCCAGGGCAAGUCUCGCAUGUCCUGCAGACACUUACAGCCAAAGAAACGUUCAUUCAGGAUCUGAUGCCAGGAUGUUUUCAGUACCUCAAGGCCUGCACACUCAGGCUCUUUUGAGGGACCAGCCCAGCACUGGAGCUUAUGAUCCCUUACUGCAAGAACGCUGUAGUGAACUGGCCAGCUGGCAGCAGCAGAAGCAGAAACUUGAGAGUCUGCGACUGCAGGUGGAGCAAAUGCAGUUAAUGACAGAAGGGUGUGCACAAUAUGCCUCUCUGUAUCCAACAACUCCUCACACAGAGAACAGCAAGUGGGAUGCUGUUAUCAAAGCCAACGAAAACUUGCUGAAAGAGAAAGAACUUACUAUUGAAAGGCAAAAACAGCAAAUGUCUCAGUUGGAGCAGCAUCUUAGAGAGAGUGAACUGCAGGUACACAGUGCCCUUAUGGGACGUGGAGCCCCUUACACAGAUGUCUGUCUGUUGAGACUACAGGAGGCCCAGCGGGAAAAUGCUUUUUUGCGUGUCCAGUUUGCUGAACGCAAAGACUGCUUUACCAAGGAGAAGCUCGAAGCGGACAGGAGAGUCAGUGCGGUAGAAGGCGAGACACAGCGUUUAAACACAGUCUUGAAAGAAAGCAGUGAAAAACAUGCAGAGGAGCUCAAGAAACAAGAGGAGAGGAUCCGCAGUCGGGACAAGCACAUCAACAGCUUGAAAAAGAAGUGCCAGAAGGAAUCUGAGCUGAACAAAGAAAAGCAGCAACGUAUUGAGACGCUUGAGCGAUAUCUGGCUGACCUCCCCACCAUGGAAGACUACCAGGCCCAGCACAAAAAGCUGGAGGAGGUAGAGGAUAGGGCAGCUCAGUUCCAUGCCACUGUCAGAGAUCUGGAGGUCCAACUGGAAGAGUCCCACAGUGCUGUACGCAACAAAGAGACCCAACUGGAAGAACAGAGAUGCAAGGAGAGAGAACUAUUUACAACAGUCACGAGUCUCCAGAACAGAGUAAAGGAAAGCCUUGAGGAUGGAGUGAGAUUGCCCACUCUUGACAUCGAGAAGCUACGAGAGGAAAACACUACUUUGAAAGAGGAGCAACAACGACUCAAAAAGGUCAUUGAGAAGCAACUCAGGAGAAUGGAGCAGCUGGGCUCACAGAUCAGGACUCUAGAGGAGCAGCUUUCUCAGGAGGAGUGCAGUAGUCAGAGCCUGCGAGAGGAGGUGGCAGAGAAAGAUGAGGCUGUGUUGCAGUUACGCAGCGCUAUGAAGGAGCUCUCAUUGCAGAACCAGGAGCUGAUGGAGCACAAUCUCACCCUGCAGGAGCAUCCUCAGGGUGAGGAGUCAUUGAGCGGUCAUGGUCUGUCUGAACGAAGUGCUCCGUUACUCCCUGCAGGAGCCAGGCUUACCCAGAGGCUGUAUGGAGAGAUGGCCUCCUGUCUGUGUGACCUUCGCUCCCUCUGCAAUGUCAUAACCCAGCGAGCUCAUGGUAGAGACCCAAACCUCUCCAUGCUGCUUGGAAUUGCCUCUCCCCCUCCAGUAGCAGAGCAGUGGGAGGACUGUCUGAGCCCCGAGGGCCUGCAGAAGAAGCUACAUGAAGCUCAGCAGCUCCGACGGGAUGUUGAGGAACUGAGAACCACCAUCUCUGACCGUUACGCUCAAGACAUGGGAGAAAACUGCAUCACUCAGUGAGCCUGGACAAAGCAGCUUGUGCUCAGUGAUGGUAACUCUGAAUCAAGAGAACAGUUCAUGUCAUGGUUUGGUGCCUUUCAGAGAUUUUGAUACACUAGAAGCUCUACCAAAACAAGCCGUGUUGGGCUAACAACAGUAAUGACACUAUAAUCUCGUAAAUCAAAGGGCUAUUUUUAUACAAAGCUUUCAUAAGAUAUUUUGCUAAAAUUCUGAUGAUUUUUUUUGUGCAGUAGAAAGAGAAUUGUAAUUUAAUAUAAACCUAGUCAUGUAUUUGAGAAUGCCUGUGAUGAAGUUGACAAUCAACUGACAAGUUCUUUUUGUGUUCAGGAUUACUGUGUUAAGAACUAACAUGCCAUUUUUUUUUUUUUUAACAAUGGUUAAGUGUCUAGUAUAGAGUGUGGCUUCGUCACAUGUAAUGACAGGUGACAUUUAAUUACGUUCAUCUAUCAUCUCAAAGUAAACAGAACAUGUCACACCAAAUACAGCAUCUAAGGCUGAGAAAAUAUUUGGGCAAUACCAGAAUCUCUGGUUUUUUGGGAUAUUAACUAAAACAUUCCCUCAUAUUUAACAUAUGGAGGUUAAACAUGUUCAAAUAUAUGUCCGAACCAUUUCACUAAUACUGUAAGGAAGUUUUGUUGUAGACCGUAUUAUAGCAGAACAUUAAAGAGUGACAUUUUAAAGCAGGAUGAUGCAAGGUAAAUUAAGGUAAGUGGAACUCUUCCUGAAAUCGCUCAAAAAUCAAUUGUGCAAAUAGAUGGCCAUGUUCUGUUUAAUAUAGUUUGAUCUGCAAAUGAGAAAGGGGUUUAAACACUGCCCUUUCCUAUCAGUUUAUCAGUAUUUUCAAAGGUGUCCUUUUUGACUUUGUCCUGAGUACAGCAUUAAAGGGAUAGUCCAAACAAAAAUGAAAAUUCUAUCAUCAUUUACUCACCCUCAUGCCAUUCCAGAUGUGUAAGACUUUUUCAUUCUUCAGCAGAACCCAAAU